AUGGCUACUGAAGGAGUCUCCAUGCAAGCCAAUACAGCUUCUGACCGGAGCACCGCGCAACUAGUCAAUGAACACUCGCAAGCAUUCCAGAACAGAUUGGAUACAACUGUAACGGAUAGUGAACCUCCGGUUGAAGCAGAAAAGCCUGCGUUGCCCGAUGAACAGCCCACGGUAGAGACAGAGCCCGAUGUACCCAAGGGUGCAGGUGAAAUGGACACCGAGCCGCCUGUUGCAGAGCCGGCAGAAUCUCCCCUCGGCGGUAUUCCCAUCGCCCGCGAAUCACAGAUCUCGAUAGGCCCCAAGAACGAAACAACCACUGGGGAGAAGCGGGACAUUGAUUCGACUGUAACGCCCACCCCGGCCUUGGUGGGAGGCGAGGAGCAACAGAAGCCUGAAUUACUGGGAGAACCUGGUGCUAAGAAGUUGAAGACAGCCAAAGAGCCUAGCACAGAUUUUAAUGGCACUGACGCUGGCUUGUCCAAUGUGGACGAUCAAAUUCCGAAGAAGGCUAGUCGAACAAAGAAGGAGAAGAUCAAGGAUGCCGUGAAGAAAGUGAUUCCAGGAGAUGGCAUUGGCAGCCGCACUCGCAGUCGAACCAAGGGUGCUUGA